AUGGAGGCGGCCCAUUCGGCGUUUGCUGCGCUGCACAUGCGCCGCCACAGCUUGCUGCUGUGGCUGGACGUUCCCUGCGGCCUUGCUGCAGCAGAAGCAGCAGUGUUUGGAGCAGCAGCAGCAGCACAAGUAGACGUGGCUGGAGAAAUGUCUCUAGAAAGCCUAGAUGACUGUGUAUCUGCUUCUCGCUGCUGCCGCUUGCUGCAGCAGCUGCUGCCUGUUGCUGCAGCAGACACCAAGCUGGUGGCCCUGGGCGCCCCCAGCUGGCUCUCGGGGCCCCCUCCUAAUAUUAGUGGCUGCGCAGCCCCAGUGCUGCUGCAGCAGCUGCAGCAGCGCGCAGCAGCAGUCAAGGAAGAAGUGCUGCAGCAGCUGCGCGGGGGCCACGCCGCGCUAGCAGCAGCAGCAGCAGCAGCAGCAGGUGACUCCAAUCACGUGGCAGUCCCUGUGAAGUUUGACCGCGCCUGGGAGGAGGCCCAUUGCUGGGUUGUGGCUGUGCAGCAGCUGCAGCUGCAGCUGCAGCAGCAGCAGCAGCAGGACCCCUGGCUCGUCAGAGAAGGAGUGCUAAAUGCAGAGGAGUGGCAAGAGGCCCAAAAGGCAGCUCUCAGUCUUCCCCCCUUCGUCCUGUUUGCUGCUCUCCUCGCAGCCUCCAGGCAGCAGCACCAGCAGCAGCACCAGCAGCAGCAGCAGCAGCAGCAAAAGCAGCAGCAGACAGCCUCUCCCGGGCUUCUCGAGCUGACCACAGCAGAAACUGCCCAAGGGCUGGAGACAGUCCUCGGCCUUCCACGCCACCUAAGUGUGGCAGCCGCUUUGCUGCUGGACAUUCGCGGCGAGGGACUCAUCAGCUACACAGACUUUAGGAGGCUUCCUUCUUACCUGCAUGCAGCAGCGAGCACUGCUGCUGCUGCUGCUGCUGGGUGUGCUGCAGCCGCUGAUGCUGCCGUUGGGGGCCGUGGAUCUGCCUGUGCAGCCCCUUGGUGGCUGGAGGCGCUGCUGCAGGGGCCUCGGCAGGCAGCAGCAGCAGCAGCAGCAGCAGCAGCGCUCAGAAGCGACGUGCUGCUGCUGCUGGCAGCAACUCGCAGACAGGGGCCCCUCCAGAGGGCCCUGCUGGGGCUGGCAGCCCCGGAGCAGAUUCCUCUUGCUGCUGCUGAGACACACAAGGUGCUGCUGCGCCUGGGGAUGAGACCCGAGGCUGCUCGCGGGCUCCAGCUGCUGCUUCAGGCUGCUGGAAUGAGCAGCAAAUGCCGAAACAGCAGCAGCAGCAGCAGCAGCUUCCCGUCUCUCUCCAUGGUUCAGCAGUGGCUGCAUGCAGCGCAGCAGCUGGCCCCGCUGGUGCUGCAGGAUGUCUUUUGCUGCCUCUUUGCUUCUCAGCCUUUCUCUUCGGCAACUACAGCAGGCUCAGUUUCAGACGGCAGCUGGGGCGCCUGGGAAGGUUCUCGCGUUGCUGCACUUAUCGAAGCAGCAGGACUUAGCUCAUUGGCGGCAUCUGCUUCUUCAAGUCCGUCGCACUGCAGCAGCAGCAGCAGCAGCAAUGACAGCGACGACCAGGUGGCGCUGCUGGACCCCUGUAGGAUCCGCAGCAGCUACAGGGCCUUUCAGCAGCAGCAGCAUGAGCUGCUGCUGCUCUUGCUGCGCUCCCUCCGCACAGCUAACCUCUCCAUUGAGGCUUUUUGCUGCAAGCGCCUGCUGCGGACGCAGCAGCAGCAGCAGCAGCGUGCUGCUGCUGCUGCACAGACACCUGAGGCAGCCGCUGCUUCGCUGCUUUGCCGCAUCAAAUACCACACGAUACCCUCUGCAGCAGCAGCAGCACUACCUGCAGCAGCUGAUGUUUCCCGGUGGGUAUUUGUAGAAGAAUGCUCGUUGCUGCUGCUGCCUGCUCUGGGCAGCAACAGCAACGGCGCUGCUGUCGCUGCUGUGGCCUCAGCUUUGCAUUUGCUGUUUGAUGCAGCAGACCCCAAAGCCAGGGGAUCUGUCUCUGCUGCAGCACUGCAGCAGCUGCUGCAAGACGCUGAGCUGCUGCAGUUGCAGCGGGACAGCCGAGCGCUCGUGGCGCUGCGACGGCUUGAAGCCCAGCACUCCCCGCAGCAGCAGCAGCAGCAGCAGCAGGACUUGACAGUAAGCAGUGGGGUCUUCGAGCUAGCAGAGCUGCUGAACGAGUCCUUAGCAGCAAAGGCGGAGCGACAGCAGCAGCAGCAGCAGCAGCAGCAGCGGCUGAGUGCAGCAGCUCUCCGCUUCCACCCCGCGCUGCAGCGGCUGCGGGAGAAGAUGCUGACGAGCAGCUGGACCUUCGCAGACUUGUGCACUCACCUGGGCUGCAGCGCGUCUGCUGCGCGCUCAUUGACCUGCAGCAGCAGCAGCAGCAGCAGCAGCAGGAAGGGACUUUCUCUGUAUAGGACUGCUUUCCGCCGCUCUGCUGCAGUCCGGGCGGCUCUGGUCAGCAGCACAGCAGCAGAUGAUUUAUUUGACCGUCUGGCAGUGCCUGAAGAGGCUGAGCCCCGUGCUGCAGCAGCACGAGCCGCCAGCAGCAGCAGCAAGAAGCAGCAGCAGCUGCAGGAGCAGCAGGAGCGCUUUAGCCUCCCCCUGCUGCACGUAGAAGACCUUCUUGCUGCACUUGCUUCCCAGAAGCAAUUCUGGGGCGUCUGCAGCAGCGCGGCCUGCCGAGUCAUAUUUUUGCUGCUACGGCAGCGCCUGGCUUCCAUUCAGCAGCAGCAGCAGCAGCAGGAGCAGCAGCAAAGGCAGCAAGAAGGGGCCCCUCGCACGGAAGCAGAAUUGCUGGCAGAUCUACUCGUCGCCACUGAGCACGCAUCCAGGAACCUUCCUCACUAUCAGCAGCAGCAGGCAGCGGCAGAAGCAGCAGCAGCAGCAGCAGCAGCAACAGCAGCCGAAGGGCAGGCACUGGUGUCGCGCCUAGUGUUGCAGCAGACAGCAGCAGAUAUUGCAGAAGGGCUUCUAAUUGCUGCUGACCUUGAUGCCCUCGCCGACUGGUGUGGAAAAGACCAGGGCCUUCCUGAAGGCGUUUGUGAUGCUUCCAUGGUUUUCCGGGCGAUGGAAGAUGCAGCAAGCCGCACCAGCAGCAAGCAGCAGCAGCUGCUGCAGUGUCUUGCAUCUGAAGCACUUGCUGCAGCAGCAGCAGCACAGGGGCGGGGCUUCCAGCAGGGAGCCAGGGCCCUCACUGUGGGUGAAGUGGCAGCAGCACUUGAAGCGAGGGGGCACAGAGUCUUCUCUUCAGAAUUUCUGCUGCUGCUGACAUCUUUGCUGCCGCCGCAGCAGCAGGAGCAGCAGCGGCUGCUGUUUGACUUGCAGCAGGGCUUGCUGUACGUUGAGCCUCUGCAGGCUGCGCUGCAGGGCCAAUUGUCUCCAGGUGAAACUGCUGCCAGUAGCAGCAGCAGCAGCAGCAACCAGGGCAGCAGCCUGGGUGCUGCUACAAAGCCGUGCGCUGAGCUGCUGCUGCAGCUGCUGCUGCUGCGCAUGCGUGCUGCUGCUGCGCUGCAUUCCCUUGAUGCUGUGCAGCUUUUUGCUGCAGUUUGCAGCAGCAACACAGACAGCCCCACAGCUGCAGAUUGGCAUGCAGCCCUUCGGGCCUCACUGGUAGAGAGUGGUGGGAGCUCCUGCUGCUGCUUCUGCUGCAGCAAGAGCUGCAGCAACAACAACAAAGAUUGCCACUGCGUGGAGUCUACAGUUGCUCGUUUGCUGCUGCUGGUUCAGACUCCUCAGGACCUGGGGGAACUGUUGCUGCUGCAGCUGCCGCUGCUGCAGCAGCAGCUGCCAGCGCUCUUCCUGGGCCCCGGUUCGGAGCAGCAGCAUCAGCUGCUGCAGCAGCUACAGCAGCUCAGUCAGCAGCAGCAGCUGCAGAAGAUGCAGCAGCUGCAGCAGCAGACAUGGGGUCGGGUGACUGCUAGGGAGUUCAAGGAGUUCUUUUCCCGCGGGGGCAUCGGCGCAGCAGCAGAACUCUGGCUGUUGCUGCUGCAACAGCAGCAGCAGCAACGGGAAGAAGAAAGGGCGGAUGAACAAGAA